AUGAGCUCUUCCCUUUUUUCCAAAACCUCCCAGCGCUCCUGUACUACAGCAUCCGCAUCCGAGGCGACUCCUGCGCCAUCCCCGACGGAACCAGCGGCGCCAGAAAGCCAUGGAGGGAAUUAUAAAGAGAAGAGUCCUCGUCCACCUAGCGCGGCAGCCACGACUGGCGCAACCAAAAUCACUGUCGCCGACAUUCCGAAUAAAGGAAAAGGCGUUUUCGCGACGGAUUCCAUCAAGCGGGGGGAGAUUGUCGUGGCGGAGCAGCCGAAAUCGAUCCUGCCCUACGAGUAUCACAUGCAAAAAUGGCUGGGUCUGGAAGCGGGUACACUUGUCAUGCAGGUUUUCCAUGACCCAUGAGGUCCGGAACAAUGCGAGACCUAGCAUGACAGACUCUGUGAGGUCUCUGCCGUGCCUCUCCUGCAUGAGAAACUCCCUCCCAACUUGGUCGAAAGUAGACAGCCUUUGGCACUCAUGCAACACAGAGUUUUGCAUUUGCAUGAUUCGGAUUUAGCAUGACAAGUUGCUACUUUCGAGACCCAGACAUAUUUGCAAUGCAUAACGAGCAAUCCUGUGUGAUCCAGGGAAGGAACAAAUUUAACAUGGCGAAAAUGAUUACUGACGAGAAAAUGCUGGAGUUUGUGGACCGAGAAAUUAUCUGUAGGAGGAGCUCUGGAAAUUCUACAAGAACUUGUUCCACCACCCGCGAGGAUGGUGGAGAGAAACAAAAACAACAGCAGCAGAGCACGCUUCCAGGGGAGGAGCAGCACGACCACGACCACGACCGGAAACCAACCCUACAGGAGAAGAUCCUGCAGCUCAGCGAUUUUGGGAAAUCGGUCGGCGUGCCAGCGAAACGGUACGAAGAGAGCGUUUCCGUACGCCUGUCCGCAAAAUUCUGGUCCAACGCGGUGCCCGGGCCGUCGUGUUAUCGGGUGGUUGCGGAUGAAAAUGGGCACCACAGUCAGGUCCAAGAAGAGGAAGACAUGGCCCUCUGCACGGAAAUCGUCCCGAGGUUCAACCACAGCUGCCGGCCGAACGCGGUUUACACCUGGCAUUAUGACCAAGAAGGUGCGGCGCCGACGUCAGGUAAUGUUUCUUCAUCGAGCGACGCUGUUGAUGAUGAAGCAGGAGGAGCAAAAAUUUUAGCCGAGCCGAGCAGAAGUGCUGUCAAUGGGAAGGUCGUCAUUGUCGCCAUUCGCGACAUCGAGCCGGAGGAGGAAAUUUGCAUCUGCUACAUGGACGUCGACAUCAUGGAGAGCGACAGAAAGACCCGCCUGCAAUGGUGCCAACAAACCAUGGGCUUCACCUGCCAGUGCGAGGUGUGUAGUAAUCCGAGCGGAAAAAAUGGUAUUGGAUCCUCUCGCGCCCUCGGUGACCGCCGCGAUAUGUGCUCGCCGGGGACGACUGCAAAAAAUAACACGGAGGGUAAAAGCUGCAGUGAGGCGGCUCGGAAAAGAACCAAACAAAACGCCAACUGGGACGACUUCCUAGAGCAGAGCGACGAAAUACAGGGCAAAAUCGACUAUUUCAUGGAAGCAGGAGUAGAGGCGGAAUUUUUUCAGAAAAUGCCGGCUAGCAAGAGGAAAAAAAUCGUCCAGGACACACUGGAGAAGAAAUUCAAACUCCUCGAAGAUUGCAAUUUCUUCCUCCCGUGCAACAUGCGGAUUUUCGGCUACGAAGGCUACUGCCUGUCCGUUCUGUUUGACUUCCCCAAGGAAGAGAAGCAAAAAUACGCGGAGAUCCGCUCGCUCGCGCAUGCACAGAUGAGCGGACGGGACGCGGAGUGGAAAAUGCUCUCCCUUGCCGAAAUAAAUCCGGCGAAAGACACGGUGGCAUUGGCGCAGGGGCAGGAGUUGUUGAAGCAGGUGAAGUUGCAGCAGCGGGAGAAAAUGUUCCGGAAGAUGGACGUGGAGAUGGUAAGAUUGGCGGGGAAGUUUCUGGUGGGAGAUGCCGAGGGGAGGUGA